AUGGAGCCGGACGGCCAUUGCCAUCCCCCUUGUGCUCCAGGAAAUGAGUCCUGUGCGACCGAUACCGGCUGUGUUUGCGAGUCCAACGAGAUCAGCUGCACCAACGUGGACAUGGGGGUGUUGGGUGUGAAGAAAGUAAGCGAUUUGUGGAGGUAUCUUGAGCUUCUGAGUGCACAAGAUGUCCAACGACACUGGCCUCACGGAGUGCUUCCCAGCCGAGACUUGGCAGACCUCUUCCUCGAGAAAGGGACAGAGCCCGAAUAUUAUCCCAACGGCUGCCCUCUCGAAUGCAGCCACGACCAGAUGUACUGCUCCAUCGUGUCCUUCGACCAAGACGGCUUGAUGCUCUGGGAGGAUUACUGCGAGGACGGCGAGGCCAACAACUGGCAUUGCCCGGUGAUCUGCAAAGCCGACAGCGCACAGAAGUGUGGAACCGGAUUCGACGAGUACUGCGUAUCCCUCGGAGAGACUUGCCCAGUCAUUUGCGAGGAGCAGUACUGCUGGACCGACAACUUCGCGGCGAACGGUGAUUGGUUGAGCACCACGGAGUCCUGCGCUACCUGGGGCGAGGAAUGCCCAUGUGGAACAGAAGCUGUCCGCUGCACUGACCCAAACAAUGCUGGCGACUCCUGGUGCAGUCCAACCUUCUACGGCUGCCCGCUCAUCUGCAAUGAACUCACCGAGAAGACGUGCUUUCCCAUCUCGUACACGCCGGAGGGCGAGUUUGACUGGGAGGCUCCGGCGACGGAGAGCUGUCAGAACAUCACCAGGUCGUGCCCCUGCGGCGCGAAUGCAAAGAUGUGCCGGUGGACGGACGAGUUCGGGCUGGAGAACGAAGAGUGCUUCCCGACGGCAGACAACUGCCCUGUGACUUGCACCGCCGCCCAGCAGAUCUGCUGGCUCAAUGACUACGAUGCCUUCGGAUACCCAGCGGAGUUCCGGGAGGUCUGUGCUCCGGCCGGCGGAGAGUGCCCCUGCGGUAGCAACGCCAAGCCAUGCAAGGACCAGUUCGGAGAUACGCACUGCUACCCACUGGUGGACUGGGAAACCAACGGUGCCCCUGAACUGCGGGGAUUUGGAUUUGGCAGCGCUCCGGGAUUCUCGAGCACUUGUCGGAGCGCGCAGAGCAUCAGGGGUCGCUAG